UACACAGCUUAAAUAGUUACUAAAACCAGUCACUUUUGUGUUUUCGAAUUGCAGCUAGCUAUGGAGCUUACCCCGUCUGUAAGGGCUGCUCGGUGUGUUCAAAGGAUAACGGCUGUAUGAACUGCCAGCCCAAGCUCUUCUUGUUCCUGAGGAGGGAGAGGAUGCGGCAGUACGGGGAGUGUCUCCACGCCUGUCCUACGGGAUACUACGGCAUGCGAGGGACAGAGAUCAACAUGUGCUCCAGGUGUCGGAUAGAUAACUGUGAAGCCUGUUUCAGCAAAGACUUCUGCACGAAGUGCAACCCUGGCUUUUACUUGCACAAGGGCCGUUGCUUCGACAAGUGUCCAGAGGGCUUCGCUCCCUUGGAAGACACCAUGGAGUGUGGAGAGGGUUGUGAGGUAGGCCAAUGGAGCGAGUGGGGGACCUGCACCAGAAGAAACAAAACUUGUGGUUUCAAAUGGGGUCUGGAAACCCGCACACGACACAUUGUAAAGAAGCCACCAAAGGACACAAUACCAUGUCCCACCAUCGCCGAGUCCAGGAGAUGCAAAAUGGCUAUGCGGCAUUGCAGGAGAGGCCCAGGGGGUUCGGGGAAGGGACAGCGAAACAAAGAGCAAAAAAAGAAAUCCAACAAGCAGAGGCUGCGUUUCCGGGCCCAGAACCAGCACAGCGACCACCUGGCAUCUGUUCGGGCUGCCCAGUGAAAGACUUGUCGAUGGAACAAAGACCAGAAAGCUGCUAACUCACGCUCCACACGUUCACACUACCCUGAUGAAAAUACACACACACAUGCAUCCAAACAGGAUUAUUCGCACUCCACUCGCACUGUCUCCCGCCUCCUGCUGCAUCCCGCGCCAGUGAAACGUCCCUCGAACCUGUGACCCCACUGUGAUAUCAUGGAAAACUAUAGCAGCUGUUCAUAUGGCUCAUAUCUCGUCCCAUUUGAGGAAGAAGAGAAAGAACGGGCAUGACGACCAGACGUACCGCGGGAGGAGGCGAAAUCGAAAGACAGAAAGGAAGAAGAAAGUUUAUAAAGCGGAUUAUCGAGCGUGAUUGACUGACAAAGAAAAACGAGAGAGACUCUUCUGUAUUUAUGUACAAUUACGCCAUUCCCUACGAAUCCAAGGCAGAUUGUGUCAUGUUGUAUUGCCUUUUGUCAAAUAGGUACCUUGUUUUUGAUAGCAAUGUUACGAACAUGAAACCAUCCAUAGUUGCAAAAUUACUAUUCUCCGCACAAAACGUUUACGUCCAGACCGCUUUAUGCUUUAACUGUACAUUGUGGGUAAGAAUCUUAGUUGUUCAACUAUAGCAUGUCCACAAUCUCGUGUGUACAUAGUUGGUGAGUUUAUCUACCGUAAUAAUGGUAAAAAAGCAUUACUGUAUUUCCAGUAUUGAUGCAUUCAGCGGUUAAUGGUUAUAAUACCAGCUACAGUUAAAUAAAGAACAAAAAGCUAAAUAAAAAGCAUAGCCGUUACAUAGCUAUUACAUUUA